UGCACAACCUUUUUCCAGAUAAAUACAGAAAAAAUUACACUUUAAAAAGUUACAUCAAUGUUAGAAACAUAAACAUCUUUGCUUCUACUUAAAAAUAUCAUAAAAUGAAUACUUUGGAUUUGUUUAUCUUGAUAUGGAGCCUGUUUUUACAAUCAACUUUUGUUGCAAUGAAAGAUCCAUGGACUCGAGCACCACAAACCACUUUAAUAUACAAGCCACAGACGUGUCUACCUGCUACAAUAACAAUAUGUGAAGGCUUAUCUGGCACUAUACAGUGUCCAGUAAAUUCGUUGAUAAAAAUUCAAAGUGCUAUAUAUGGUCGUGAUAGCAGAAGCAUAUGUACAUCAUCUUACGCAAAUUCUGCUUCACAGUUAAAUAAUUGCAUAUCUCCAAAAACUGUAACUGAACUUGUCCAGCAACGGUGCAACAACUACAUUAGCUGUUCUGUUCAAUCUAACAAUGCUGAAUUUACUGAUCCGUGUCCAGGAAUUUACAAAUACACUGUUGUUAACUAUAAUUGUUUUUUAGAAGCUGCUUGGUCACAGUGGAGUGAUUGGACAAGCUGUGAUGUUUCUUAUGGAUUUAUAAACAGAACAAGAGAAUGCAAUAUUUCUGUUGGCGCAGCUUGGUGUUGCGGUAACAAGUCUGAGAUUAAACCAUGUUUUGUGUAUUGGGGAGAAUGGAGCACUUGGUCAGUUUGUAAUGCUUCUUAUGGAUAUGGAUUUAUGAACAGGACUAGACAGUGUAAUGCAACAAAUGUUAAAGACAGGUGCCCUGGUAACAACAUUGAAGUUCACAAUUGUUUUGCUAAUUGGGGAGAAUGGAGCAUUUGGACAAAUUGUGAAAGUGCCUUAGAUUAUACUGAUCGAACAAGAGAUUGUAAGGUGUUGAAUACUGUGCAACAGUGUCCUGGCGAAAGCUUUGAGAGAAUUAUUUGCUCAGCUUCUUGGACACAAUGGGGGGAUUGGUCAAUAUGCAAUCUUUCUAAUGGCAACGGGUUUAUUAACAGAUCAAGAGUGUGUAAUAUUUUUUUAAAUUCAGCAUCAUGUGCUGGUGUUGCAUCUGAAGUAAACCAAUGUUAUGCUUUUUGGGAACAAUGGAGCUAUUGGUCAUUUUGUGAUGAAUUGGGAUUAAUGACCAGAUCAAGGAUAUGUAAUGUUUCAAAUACUAAUGAGACAUGUUUUGGCGAUAACUAUGAAACAAGAAGUUGUUUUUUUAUUUGGACAGAAUGGAGCAGCUGGACAAGUUGCAAUGUCUCUUUAGGGUUGAUAAGCAGAACAAGACAUUGUAAUGUUUCAGACUCAGACUUUCAAUGUCAAGGUUUAGCUGAAGAAGUGGACGAUUGUUUGGUACUUUGGACAGAAUGGAGCAAAUGGACAAGUUGCAAUUUCUCUUCUGGACUGAAAAGUAGAACAAGACAGUGUAAUGUUUCAGACUCUGAAAUUCAAUGUCAAGGUUCUGCAGAUGAAGAGGAAAAUUGUUUUGCAUUUUGGGAACAAUGGAGCGAUUGGUCAUUUUGUAAUGAUUCAUUUGGAUUUAUGAACAGAUCAAGGAUAUGUAAUGUCUCAAGUGCUUAUGAGACCUGUUAUGGAAAUAACUCUGAAAUACGAAUAUGUUUUUAUUUUUGGACAGAAUGGAGUAACUGGACAAGUUGCAAUGUCUCUUCUGGAUUGAUGAGCAGAACAAGAAAGUGUAAUAUUUCAGAUUCAGCCUUUUCAUGUCAAGGCUUGGCAAGAGAGGAGGGAAAAUGUUUUGCAUUAUGGUCUCAAUGGAACAAUUGGACGUGUUGUAAUGAAUCCUAUAAAUUUAUGAGCAGAUCAAGAAAUUGCAAUGUUUCAAAUACAAUGAAUCAAUGUAAUGGAAACAGUUCUGAAAUAAUUAAGUGCUUUGCAUUUUGGGGAUCGUGGAGCAGUUGGUCACAUUGUAAUGAUUUUUUGGGAUAUAGGAAUAGAACAAGAGAGUGUGUUAUUUCAAAAAAUACAGAAUGGUGUUGUGGUACCAGCUUUGAAGAUAAGAAAUGUUUAGAACCAAGUUGUUACAUCACUUACAGUACUGGAUUUAAUGGAUCAAAUAAUCUUGGGUGGUGUUCUGGCAACAAUUCUGAAUGCUUCGUUAAAUGGGCUGUCUGGAGUGAAUUCUCUGCAUCUUGCGGUGAAGGAUACAGAAGAAGCUAUUUAAUUUCAGAAACAAAAACAAGUUCAGUUUUUAGAGAUCUAAAUUGUGAUAUAGGAAACUGUCCAGUGGAUGGAAUGUGGGGAACCUGGUCAGAUUCAAAAUGUUUUAAAUCAUGUGGUAAUGAAGUUAAAACUAUUAAAAGAAAUUGUGACAAUCCUUACCCAUUAUUUCAUGGUAGAGGUUGUACUGGUAUCAUUGCUUACAACAAUAGCUGUGAAAAUAAUACAAUUUGUCCAGUAAAAGGGCAAUGGUCAUUUUGGUCUUCUUGGUCAGCAUGCAGUCAACCGUGUAAUGGGGGUGUUAAAUCAAAAUUCCGCAGUUGUUCAAAUCCAAGUCCUAAGUAUGGUGGUCUAAAUUGUAAUGGAAUAAGUAAAAAAUUUCAUAAAUGCAAUUUGCAAAAAUGCCAAAGUAGAAAUGUUAACUUGGCUAUCAAUUUUUUGGAUGAAGAUUUUAUCAAUACCUAUAUUAGGCUAUCAGAGGGUAGAUCAGAUCUAAAAGAUAGAAUAAAACUAGCAAUAACCAAACUUUACAGUGAUCGAAAAGUAAAUGCAACUUUUAACAUUGUUCUGCAUUCUAUAAA